AUGUGGUAUAUCCACUUGAAACCUCUCCUACGUAUCUGGGCCCUGGCGCUGGCUCCAGUGUCCACGUGCCCUGUGUGUCCAGCUCGGGUUUUCCGUGAGCAGAGAGUGAGGCAAAGGCCCCUUCUCAGCUGGAGAGAGCUCAGCCUGCAUCAGCUUGUGGAAUCACUAAUUAAUUUCCAAUCACAGGCUCUUCAGGGGAAAGGCAAACCAUCGGCUGAAGAAAACCCAAAUGACGCUGAAGUCCCGUCGUCCUCGGGAACCGACUCUGCCAAAGCCCAGGACAACGACGCCAACGAAGGAGAAACAUCAGAUGGAGUUAGUAAGUCAGUUCACAAGGUCUUUGCUUUCAUGCUUGGAGAGAAUGAAGAUGAGGAGGAAGAGGAAGAAGAAGAGGAGGAGGAGGAGGAGGAGGAAGAGAGAAACAUCAGAUGGAGUUAG